GUUUACACCUCUACGUGCUCUUUCUACGGCUUGACGUCACAGAGGACCCCACCUACCGCAUGUGAGUGCACAAGAUUGCAGGAGCGAAGUGGGGAACCUGCAAGCUUUUGGAUCAAAUAAGAAUAGCAGAAACAACAAAUAGCGUGAGGAUGGAGCAAGCAGAUCAAGGUGCUGUGAGACCAGACUCUAUCUCAGAGGUAGGGGAGGAUGCAGUGAUGUCGGUGGCCGUGUCCCCUUCCGUCCCCACCCUGACAGAGGAGGAACAGGAGGAGCUGCGAGAUGAACUGCUCAGGGUGGAGGAUGAGGUCAUGACUCUUUCUCAGGUGCUGGCAGCUAAGGAGAAGCAGGUGGCAGACAUCAAGAGGAAGCUGGGCAUCACUCCUCUCAACGAGCUCAAACAGAACAUCAGCAAGAGCUGGCAGGAGGUCACCACCUCUACUGCCUACAAGAAGACGUCAGAGGGCCUGUCCGUAGCUGGUCAGAAAGCCACGGCAGCCUUCACCAGCAUGGGCUCGGCCAUCAGUAGGAAGUUUGAGGACGUCAGAUUGCAAUCUAUUUCCAAUUCCUUUGGCAUACGCUCCCUACAGCAUUCUGCUAGUAUGCCCGUGAUGAGGAACACAACCACCUUUAAGUCGUUUGAGGAGAAAGUCGAGACUUUAAAGGUAAAAGAUGAGAAGAGGAGUCAAGAUGAGCCCAACGGCAUCUCAGGGUGACUUUGGCGAUGUGUUGACCUCUACAGCGACCUCUGACCCUUCUGUUCCCGUAGAGAAAUGGCCAGAGGCCACACCCAUCGCCACCCAGGAAGAACAGCCCCACUGAGACCAACCUGACCUUUCACCCCUGACCCCUAGCCAGGCUGACAUUCACUAGAACCAUACCCUCUUUCCCCUUCUGUCGCCUCACCUCCUCCCUUCUUCAGCUCCCUCUACAACCCUAUAGCACAAAACAACAGAACCAACAACCAAAAAAGAAAAAUAAGUUUCCCCAGGAACUAAAAAAAAAAAAGUAAUUAUGAAAAUAUUGUUGUGACACCGUAACACUUGUAGGUUUGUAGGACUGUAUGUUUCUAUUUUAAUGUCCAUGGUUGAGGAACCUGCACAAGUAGAAGAAUAUACAUUACACUUAAUGAGAAACUGUAUGUCACAGCAAGUGAAGUUGUGAUGGCAAAACUAAUUGGUUCACACAGGCCCAUAUCUUUCCAUAACUUUGAGUACUAACAGGCAUUUGCUUUUUCUUUUCUUUUGAUGUACUCCAACCACUGUAAUCACUAGGAUGUCAUUUCUAUUCCAACACUGCAGAGGCUUUCUCUGUCAUGUAUUACUAUCACCAAUAGCACCAGUAAUGUGGUGUAGAGCACAGCUGAGUAGAGUUAAUACCAGAUCUGUGUAGCUCACACACUCCUCUCACAUCGUAACCAUAUGGGGGUGGUCUAAAUCUGACCUCUGAGCAGUUCAUAGUGCUUAACUCUGAUAUCAGAGAAGGUGGGCCAAUGCAUCCAGAUCAGUGUGUAAUGAUAGUCGCAGAUGCAUGAUUGGUUAUAAUGGUGUCAGCUGGCCUUGACCCUCAGGUCAGUGCAAUUUACAUCACUCAAAGCCUCACAGCAUGGUGGGCCAAAGUCCGUAUUAGUGCACUUGUCUCACUGGCUUCUCUCUGCUUGGUAUGCUGAAACACAGCAGGAUAGUCACUGGAUGCUGUGUACAUCUCUCUGCUUGGUAUGCUGAAACACAGCAGGAUAGUCACUGGAUGCUGUGUACUUCUCUCUGCUUGGUAUGCUGAAACACAGCAGGAUAGUCACUGGAUGCUGUGUACUUCUCUCUGCUUGGUAUGCUGAAGCACAGCAGGAUAGUCACUGGAUGCUGUUUACAUCUCUCUGCUUGGUAUGCUGAAACACAGCAGGAUAGUCACUGGAUGCUGUGUACUUCUCUGCUUGGUAUGCUGAAACACAGCAGGAUAGUCACUGGAUGCUGUGUACUUCUCUCUGCUUGGUAUGCUGAAACACAGCAGGAUAGUCACUGGAUGCUGUGUACAUCUCUCUGCUUGGUAUGCUGAAACACAGCAGGAUAGUCACUGGAUGCUGUGUACUUCUCUCUGCUUGGUAUGCUGAAACACAGCAGGAUAGUCACUGGAUGCUCUGUACUUCUCUCUGCUUGGUAUGCUGAAACACAGCAGGAUAGUCACUGGAUGCUGUGUACUUCUCUCUGCUUGGUAUG